AUGCAGAAGGGGAUGAGACUCAACGACGGGCAUGUCACCUACUUGGCGCUUUUGGCCAAGAAGGACGGAACGAGGCGAGGUGGCCUGAGCAAGAAGAGCUCGGACAACACCAAAUGGCACGCCAAAUGGUUCGCCCUGCUGCAAAACAUGCUGUUUUACUUCGAAAACGACUCGAGCUCCAGGCCCGCCGGACUCUACCUGUUGGAGGGCUGUGCGUGCGACAGGGCGCCGUCGCCGAAACCCUCCCUCUCCGCCAAGGAGUGCUUGGAGAAGCAGUAUGAAACAAGGGUUACAUUUUUCUCUUCCCUCCCCUCCACCAUAGAGUUCUCUCUGUUUUCAUUUAACAACGGCAUGGUGGUGUCUUCGUGUCGGGAAUUGGACAACAACCGCAGCGCCCUGUCGGCCGCCUCCGCCUUUGCUAUCGCAACCGCCGGCGCAAACGACGGCACUCCCACCAAGGAGAAGUACCGCCGAAUGUCCCUUGCCAGCACUGGGUUCCCCACUGACCAGAGGAACGGGGACAAGGAGUUUGUGAUCAGGAGAGCUGCCACCAACAGAGUCCUCAACGUCCUGCGACACUGGGUCUCCAAGCACGCCCAGGACUUUGAGGUGAACACGGAGCUGAAGCUCAGGGUGAUCAGCUUCCUGGAGGAGGUCAUGCACGACCCUGAGCUGCUCACACAAGAGAGGAAGGCCGCUGCCAACAUCAUCAGAACUCUUACCCAGGAGGACCCUGGGGACCACCAGAUCAGCCUGGAGGAGAUCACACGGAUGGGACUGGAAGGGGGGAAGUCAGAGCCGUUUGAGAGCCACUCUGCCUUGGAGAUAGCAGAACAGCUCACUCUGCUGGAUCACCUGGUAUUUAAGGUCAUCCCCUACGAGGAGUUCUUUGGUCAAGGCUGGAUGAAGAACGACAAGAAUGAGAGGACUCCAUACAUCAUGAAGACGACCAAACACUUCAAUGAUAUCAGCAACCUGAUCGCCACGGAGAUCCUGAAAUGGGACGACGUGAACCUGCGGGUUGGGGUUCUGGAGAAGUGGGUGGCGGUGGCCGACAUCUGCCGCUGUCUCCACAACUACAACGCUGUGCUUGAGAUCACCUCCUCCCUAAACCGGAGCUCCAUCUUCCGCCUGAAGAAGACCUGGCUCAAAGUCUCUAAGCAGACCAAGACCGUAAUUGACAAGUUACAGAAGCUGGUGUCGUCUGAGGGGAGGUUCAAAAACCUCAGAGAGGCUCUGAAGAACUGUGACCCACCGUGCGUUCCCUACCUGGGCAUGUACCUGACAGACUUGGCCUUCAUCGAGGAGGGCACCCCCAACUACACCGAGGACCAGCUGGUCAACUUCUCCAAGAUGAGAAUGAUAUCCCACAUCAUCCGGGAGAUACGCCAGUUUCAGCAGACAGCUUACAAGAUUGAUUAUCAGCCAAAGGCAUCCCAGUAUCUCCUGGACAGCAGCAGUGUGUUGGAUGAGGAGAGCCUCUAUGAAGCGUCGCUGAGGAUCGAGCCCAAGCCCUCUUCGUGAAGAGGAGCCCUCCUCUCUCUCCAUCUCUUUCCUUCUCUCUCUCUGUCCCCUCUCUCUCUGUCUCUGUUUCUUUCUCUCCAUAUCUCUCUCUCUCUCUCUCUCUCUCUCUCUCUCUCUCUCUCUCUCUCUCUCUCUCUCUCUCUCUCUCUCUCUCUCUCUCUCUCUCUCUCUCUCUCUCUCUCUCUCUCUCUCUCUCUACUCCUCUUUCUCUCUCUUUCGCUCUCUUCCCCUUCCCCCCCCUGUUCGUCGCCCAAUGUACAGCAACUAACUGAUCAUAUUGUACAUAAACUAAUAUUUGUAUGGAACACAUGUAUUAGACUGUGCCCUUCCAGUAUGUGCACCCCAAAUGGACUUGUUGUGUACUGUAUAUUUGUUAUUAGGAAUGGAGUAUAUAUAUAUAGAAGACCAGCUGUAUUGUUUAUAGAGUUACAAAGAAACAAUAUUUAUAUGUUAUAUUAUUGUCUUGAAAGAUUCUCUCUCUGUCUUUCUUUUAUUAUUAUUUUUUUAAUAGAUUAAUUUCCAAGGUCCACAACACAUUUGACAGCCUUAAGGAACAAUAGACUACUUGUGUUUACUGGAGGAACAUUACCGAAGUCCCAUUAUUCAUCUCAAACAUUAGGCACUGCCCUAAACACAGAUAGUACAAAUCAAGUUAACUAUAACAUUCUUUCCUAGAUACCGCUGUAUUCCUUAGCUCCCAACUGAAAAAAGGGACCAAUUGUAAACUGCUGGCAUGAUGCAUGGUUUGAUUCAACCUACAGUUUACCCUUACUAAUCCCAAUAGGGUCAUAAGGUUGCCAUUGAUGGAUGAGGAUAUUGGGAGAAGCGUGGAGGGUCUUAAUGUUUUGGUUCCCUCUUUUUAUUCCCUUGGUGGGCUAAAACGAAAUGUAUAUAAAUACUGGGAAACCUAUGUAGCAGAUAAAAAUGUCACCCAAUGUCCUCUCUUCUCAAGCCUCUAUGUGACUUUGUUUUACAGUUACAGCAUAUCUAAUUUUUGGCCAGUACAUUAUUAUGUCAUUUAAAUUUUUAAUCACAAAACGACCCUUCAACACCUUUUGGUUACCUGCUUUGCCAGUCCAACAGAGCCGUUUGCUGUGUACAAUAAUGAACAGGCAGUCUGAGCUCCCCUAACUUGUGACGUGUUACAAGCAACUCUCUUGAAAUGAGUGUUCCACUAAUGGUCUUUCAACUCUGUACUAGCUUUUCUGUGUAUGACAACUAUAACACAAAUGUUUAAUACUUAUGAGUGUAACACAUACAGAAUCCUGUCUAUUUCGAAAUGUUUAGCAGGACUUUGCAGUAGUAAUAUUGUGCUUAUUCUUGAAACAUUUAUAUGUAUUUUUACAAGCUUUGUAUAGAAGAAACUCACUUAUGGCUUAGGUGGCGGGCAUGUACCACUUCCACGUAUAUAAAUGAAAAGUAUAUCUAGAACAAUUUGUGUACUGUGCUCUACACCCAUUCACAGAAUCUAUAAUCUAUGAACAGACACGCCAAAUGUUUGCAUUGAGCAAUACCCAACGGUAUGAGAUUCAUCGUUCAAUCUAUUUCAGCAGCUUGACAAGUAUUUCCAGUUUUGUAUAAAACUGUAUUCUUUCCUGAUUACCUCUUCUUAAUAAAUCUAUUCUUUCUCAGGGGAAA